GUGAUGUAACUUUUUCCCUCAGAUUCUCCUGAGAAUGACAUCCCUAUGGACAUUACCACGGCAGAACCACAGGUUUCCGAGGCGGUAUAUGACUGUGUUAUUUGUGGACAAAGCGGCCCCUCCUCUGAGGACCGACCUACUGGAUUAGUUGUACUGUUACAAGCAUCUUCAGUUUUAGGGCAGUGCCGUGAUAAUGUUGAGCCAAAAAAAUUGCCGAUCACUGAAGAGGAGCAGAUUUACCCUUGGGAUACAUGUGCAGCUGUCCAUGACGUGAGGCUUUCAUUAUUACAGCGUUAUUUUAAGGAUAGUUCGUGUCUCUUGGCAGUAUCAAUUGGCUGGGAAGGAGGUGUUUAUGUACAAACCUGUGGUCACACAUUACAUAUAGAUUGUCAUAAAUCUUACAUGGAAUCAUUACGGAAUGACCAGGUUCUUCAGGGCUUCUCAGUGGACAAAGGAGAAUUCACGUGUCCCCUCUGUAGGCAGUUUGCUAACAGUGUUCUUCCUUGUUAUCCUGGAAGCAAUGUGGAAAAUAACCUUUGGCAACGCCCUAGCAACAAAAGCAUACAAGAUCUCAUAAAGGAAGUGGAGGAGCUGCAGGGACGACCGGGAGCUUUCCCAGUAAGCAUCAGUUCAGAAACAAACUUAAGUAAAGAAAUGGAAUCUGUAAUGAAAGAUAUAAAAAAUACUACUCAGAAGAAAUAUAGAGACUAUAGCAAGACCCCGGGCUCACCAGACAAUGAUUUUCUCUUUAUGUACUCUGUUGCUAGAACCAAUUUGGAGCUUGAAUUGAUUCAUCGAGGAGGCAAUUUGUGUUCAGGUGGUGCAAGCACAGCUGGCAAAAGGUCUUGUUUAAAUCAGCUGUUUCAUGUAUUAGCCUUGCACAUGAGGCUUUAUAGCAUUGACUCUGAGUAUAAUCCCUGGAGAAAGCUCACCCAGUUAGAAGAGAUGAAUCCACAGCUGGGAAAUGAAGAACAACAGCCUGAGGUUCCAAUUCUUUAUCAUGAUGUAACAUCCCUUUUGCUCAUCCAGAUCUUAAUGAUGCCACAACCCUUACGCAAAGAUCACUUUACCUGCAUUGUGAAGGUACUUUUUACCCUACUGUACACACAGGCUCUUGUGGCACUCUCAGUUAAAUGCAGCGAAGAAGAUAGGUCAUCCUGGAAACAUGAAGGAGCUCUCAAAAAGAAUGCAUGUGAUGCAGAAAAGUCUUAUGAAGUGUUACUGAGCUUUGUGAUAAGUGAACUAUCUAAAGGAAAGUUAUACCAUGAAGAAGGAACUCAGGAGUGUGCAAUGGUUAACCCCACUGCUUGGUCUCCGGAAUUCAUGGAAAAAUACUUACAGGACUUCUGCUUACCUUUUCUCAGAAUUACCAGCCUUCUUCAGCACCACCUUUUUGGGGAAGAUUUACCUAGCUGCCAGGAAGAAGAAGAAUUUUCGGUUCUUGCCAGCUGCCUGGGACUUCUGCCAACGUUUUACCAAACAGAACAUCCAUUCAUCAGUGCCUCCUGUCUGGAUUGGCCAGUUCCAGCGUUUGAUAUUAUAACUCAAUGGUGUUUUGAGAUAAAAUCGUUUACUGAAAGACAUGCAGAACAAGGAAAGGCCUUGCUUAUCCAAGAGUCAAAAUGGAAAUUACCACACCUACUGCAGUUGCCCGAGAAUUAUAACACCAUUUUUCAGUACUACCACAGAAAAACAUGUAGUGUCUGCACCAAGGUUCCUAAAGAUCCUGCUGUUUGCCUUGUUUGUGGUACUUUUGUAUGCCUGAAGGGAUCUUGCUGCAAGCAACAAAGUUACUGUGAAUGUGUGUUGCAUUCUCAGAACUGUGGUGCAGGAACAGGUAUUUUCCUUUUGAUCAAUGCAUCGGUAAUUAUCAUCAUUCGAGGUCACCGCUUCUGCCUCUGGGGUUCCGUGUACUUGGAUGCUCAUGGAGAGGAAGACCGGGAUCUUAGGCGAGGCAAACCUCUCUACAUUUGUAAGGAAAGAUACAAAGUUCUUGAGCAACAGUGGAUUUCUCAUACUUUUGAUCACAUCAAUAAAAGAUGGGGUCCACAUUACAAUGCGCUGUGACUCUCCACCUCAGCAAUGCAUUGUAUCAUCAUUUCGUUACAACUUUAUUUUUCAACGAUAAGCUUUAACUUAAUUUGGGAGAUUAACGCUUUUGCUGAGGGAGAAAAAGAAAACAUACAUUAUGAAGCCUUCCCAAAAUUAGGUGCUUGGUAAUCACGUUAAUGGUAUAAUGAUUUUUUUUUAAUAUCUGGAGAACAUUAAUAAGUUAAAUUAUUCUUUAGUGGUCAUUUUUUUUCAGUGCACAAUUAAUAAGCACAACUUGUUCACAAAAUCACUCAGAAAUGAUUCUCCCAACAAUGCAUAUCAGCUAUUCAUUGAUACUUAGAGUGGGUGUGAUUUAUUUGACAUUUUACUGCUUCUUUCUGUGUGUUUUAAUUUGCAUCUGCUAAGCAUAACGCAUCUUUUUUCCUCUGCCAUUCUUGUGUUGAUUUGAGAAUUUUGCUGUAUGUAAUUAGAAAAAAAUGUAAAACAUGAUUUAUGUGAAAUAUUGUAUAGUAAAAGUUGGUCUAAUAGUAGAACUUUAAAAUUUUUUCCUAUUGUGAGGAGUCUGUUAAAAGUUUAAGGCUUUGCUGAAAACUUAAUUCAUUCUCAGGAAUUUCAUAAAUCUUCUCCCCAGGUAAAUAAUUGAAAUAGCUGUAAAAUAAGUAGAUAGCUGCUGUUAAUAUAAUACAGUAUAUUUUGGGGGGCAUAUGUGUGGUUGGGGGGGUCCUUAAAAAUCAAAAUUUGCCAUUUCAGUUGGAUGAAUUGCUAGAGGUAAUAACAAAUUUUACUAUAAAAUCAAAAGGUUUAAGAAUAUACACCUGGCAGAUGUUGAUUCCAUGCAUGCCCACCUUUUAUUAUCAAACAAAACUCUGUUUAUGUGAUCAUAUUAGAAAUGCUCAGACUGCCCCAGAAAUGAACCAUAAGUUUUGGAAUUUCCUUUCAGCUCAAGAGGUUCCGCUAUAUUGUAUUUGUGCAGUGUAAUCACUGCUAUUUCUGCUUGGUUUCCUAAAAGGAAAAAAAAAGGGCACAGUGGCGAUGACCCUGAUGAAUGGGCCAUGCUUCUGUAUUCUUCUUAGAAACUGCUGUGAAAAGCAAUUUAUGUUUGCAGGUUUUUAAAAUUAGUAAAAAUGGGAAUGAUUGAGCUAAAACCCACUCUGAGAAGGAAGAUUACUGAAAAGCAUGUGACAUAUUGCUACAAAGAUUUUUUUUUUCCCUAAAUGAUUCAGUAAUUGAAUGAUUAUUUCAUAUAUAGUGCUAUCAAGCAAUCCCUGGUACUUUGGACUUCCAUGGCUUGUUAUAUAAAAUUACAUUUUUACAUGUAAAAAUAAACUAAACAAAUCUAAUGGUAAAGUAUAAAAAUAAUGUCAGAUCCGUGUUCUAAAAAAUUUUUGUGAUGACAUGACAUUACAAGAGUAUAAAAAUGGACAUUAAAUAAUGGCCUUGCAUUAAAAUAUGGAAAGCAGAACAGUACAUAUUUAAAUGUAUUCAAAAAGUCAAAAAAUUACCUAUAGUUCUACAAUAAAAUACAUGGAAAUAGCUUGCUAUUUUUAUAUACAUUUCCCAAAUAUUAAGAUAACUUUCUGUAAGACUCAAAUGAUUCUGUUUGACUAAAUAGCUGUCCUUUCCAACACAUUGCUACUUUUUUAAAUACUGUAUCAUAAGUUCAGCCUGUCAUACUUUUUGCAUUGAUCAUUAUGAAUACCAGACCAUUUGUAAGUGUGGUUGAAGAGCAAAAUGCUAAUUUACAUCUCUAGAAAAUACUGUUACAGGAUUCAUGAACUUGAAUAAUUCUACAGUUUGAAACUCUGAUGCUAUAUAUACAUGGUAUAAUGUAUUCAGACUUUGAUUACUACUUAUUUAAAAUGGAAUGUUUUAUGGUUGUGCAUAUGGAUGUGAAGUGAAAAUAUUAGCCUUAACUUUAAAAUUUGGGUAUUUGAUAGUGUUUAUUUUGAUAUUGGUGAAUUAGUCACCAGUAAAUUUUAAAAAAGCACUUGGUUGAAAAUUGUACUUGAAUACCUACAUGCAUGCUGCUAAACUAGAACUUUAAUUUUUCCCCCAUAACUUUUAUAAGUCCCAUUUAUAAAGCCACUUUUAAAAAUAACAGGUCCAAGUUAGAGUGAUGUGUGUAUAUUAUUCAAAAAAAAUGUACUGGUGUGAUAUCUUGUAUGAAUGAUCAUUUAAAUACAGUACAUUACUGUAGAAGCUAAAUUGAUCUUUAUAGUUAACAGAAAUUACAAAACUAGGAAUAAUCAACAUUGUAAGAUAUGUUAAUAAAAACCUGCUGUCAUUUGGUUUGUGAAA